UCCCAUGGUAACCCACGGCCCUCCAACCCGGUUUCUCUGCUGCCCAACGUCAAGGUGCGAGCAAUGGCUCCCAAGAAGCUGCAGAAGGGCAGUGGGAAAUCCCACUCAAAAUCGAAGGGGCAUACGUCGGUUACCAAGUCCGCUCCAACGCUACAGAUAUCGGCGGAAAAUGAGCGCCUCCUUCGCCGCCUCCUUCUCAACACAGAUUUACCACGCUCAGACGCUGCGCCGACUGCGCUCCCGCUCCCUGUCGCUGCCUUUGAAACCUCUGGAACCCGCGCUCAGAAGGCCAAAAGGCUUCGCGGUGUCUAUGACAUGCUAUCUCUGGAGGGUUUCACCUCCGAUCAAAUAGAGCAAGCCCUCUCCGCUCUCAACGAGGCAGCUACGUUCGAGACUGCCUUGGACUGGCUAUGUUUGAAUAUACCUGGAAUUGAGCUUCCUCAGAAGUUUUCUAGCGGGGCAGCAUCUUCCACAAAUGAAAGAGAUUGGUCAGUUAGAAUCAUAUCCACUGCACGUGAAAAUUGGGUUCCUACUAAAAGUUUUAUAGAGGAAGUGAAGGAGGGCACUUCUAGAGUUUUUGUUCGAAGUAAAGGGAAACUUGAUGAGGAAUAUUUAGAUUUUGGAAAAUCCUCACAAGCUGAGUGGGUUCGACAAUAUUUGGAGAAACAGGAAGAGGAAGAAGAAAAUGAACACGAGGAGAAAGAGAAGGAGGUUGAUCCAAGCUCUUACUCUGUUUCCAUUACUAAAGAGUAUCAUCAGGCAAGGUUGGGAGCUUUAGAAGCAAAGAUAAAGGGAGACAAGAUUAACCAGAAACACUAUAGUCAAAUCAUCAAAAAAUUUAAGCGUGAAUUCGCUUCCCUAGGUAUAUCAGAAAAUGAUUUAGAAUCAGAUUUGAAAGGUGAAAUUACUAAUUUGAAUAUGCAUGAGAUGAUAUGUGAUCGCCCAGAAGGUCAAUCACCUGAAUCUCAGCUUCCAGAUGAUGACAAUUUUGAGGACAAAGGUGCAGCGAGUCCAUUAAUAGUUGAUUCCUCCGGUUUGGAAGAACCUAAUCAUGCUAUGGUUAGUUUGAUCCAUACUGUUCCGGAGGAAUGCAUACAGAAAGAGGAGCCUGAGGAGUUGGAACUUGAUAAUCUAUUUUCUGAAGAUUCAUUAUCCAGUGGAGCUUUACCUACACAAGCCUUGAAACAACAAAAGAAAGACAAAUUGUUACAAUCUCCAUAUGGGCACAUUUUAGGAAACAUUGAUGAAAUAUGGAAAAAGGGUGAUUCUUUAAGCAUUCCCAAGGCAGUUCUUCAGAAGUUUUGUCAGAGGCUACAUUGGAGAGCACCCAAGUACAACAAAGUGUCAACAAUAGAAGAUAAAUUCCUAUAUUCUGUUAGUGUUUUGCAGACAGCAAGUGGACGUGGAAAGAGCCGAAAAGCUGGAGGUUUGAUAACCUUCCAUCUUCCUAACCAAAAUGAAGCUUUUACAUCAACUGAGGAGGCACAAAAUAAAGUAGCAGCCUAUGCUCUUUAUCAAAUGUUUCCCGAUCUUCCAUUUAACCAGCUUCUUAUAGAGCCUUAUGCUUCGUUUAUCACGGAACGGCUUGAAGAAGAUGAAUUUUCAGCGAAAGUAGAAGACAAUGAGGAUAACCGUAGAACAGAAUUUGUGGAUUCUCUACUGGCUGCUGGGGUUUCUCAGCCACUAGUGUUCAAAGAUGCUAAAGAUAAAUCUGACCAUAGAGAUAGGCUUGUUGAUCCACUAACCAAAGACGAUGAACCAAAUAUGUUAAUUAACAGAGCUAAAUCGACAUCUUUGAAUGGUUUAUGCUAUCAUGAACAACUGGAGAGCAACCAUUUGAAAGAGGAGCUGCUGAAUAAAUUGAAGAAUCCUAAAUACAUGAAAAUGCUGGAGAGUAGAGCAGCUCUUCCUAUAGCUAAGCUAAAAGAUACUUUUUUACAACUGCUCCAUGACAAUGAUGUGAUAAUUGUUUCUGGGGAAACAGGUUCUGGUAAAACAACUCAGGUUCCUCAGUUUAUUUUGGAUGACAUGAUCAAAUCAGGAUUGGGUGGUUGUUGUAAUAUCAUAUGUACGCAACCUAGGAGAAUUGCGGCCAUAUCAGUGGCUAAAAGAGUGACUGAUGAACGAUGUGAGCCCUCUCCAGGUGGUGAUGGGUCAUUGGUUGGCUAUCAGGUUCGCCUUGAUAGUGCCAGGAAUGAACGGACAAAGCUACUUUUCUGCACAACAGGCAUUCUUCUUAGGAAACUGGCUAGUGACAAAGACUUGGCUGGUACAUAUGUUAUUGUAGAUGAAGUUCAUGAGCGUUCUUUGUUGGGUGACUUCUUACUAAUUAUUCUGAAAAGCAUUAUCAAGAGGCAAUCUAGUUGCAACAGUUGCAGAAGCAAGCUGAAAGUCAUUCUCAUGUCUGCCACUUUUGAUUCAAGUUUGUUUUCAAAAUACUUCGGACAUUGUCCAAUCAUUAGUGUAGAAGGGAGAACGCAUCCAGUUUCAACAUUCCACCUUGAAGACAUUUAUGAGAAACUUGAGUACCUUCUUCCUUCAGACUCCAUGGCCUCAGGGGCAUUUUUUGCAUCUAACAGAGGAAAAAGGCUGGGGAAAACUUCUGUGGAUAACCAUAGGGGAAAAAGGAGUCUCAUCAUGUCCGCUUUGGGCGAUGAAUCCUUGCUGUAUGAAGGCUAUGUCAAUCCCUAUUACUUUCCGGAGCACUAUCAAUCCUACAGUGAGAGGACACAGCAGAAUCUCAAAAACUUGAAUGAAGAUGUGAUUGAUUUUGAUCUUCUGGAAGAUUUAAUAUGCCAUAUUGAUGUAACAUGCCCACCAGGAGCCAUUUUAGUCUUUCUACCUGGAGUAUCAGAAAUUGAAUUUCUAGUUGACAAAUUAGCUGCUAGCUUUCAAUUUGGUGGAGUUUCAUCUGAUUGGGUUCUUCCCUUGCAUUCAUCUCUUGCUUCAAUAGAUCAACACAAAGUGUUUUCAUCUCCACCUGAAAAUAUACGCAAGGUUAUUAUAUCCACGGAUAUUGCAGAGACGAGUAUUACCAUUGAUGAUGUAGUAUAUGUUGUGGACAGUGGAAAGCACAAAGAGAACCGUUUUAAUCCUCAGAAGAAAAUGUCAAGCCUGGUUGAAGAAUGGAUAUCCCAGGCAAAUGCAAAACAACGGCAAGGGAGAGCUGGCCGUGUGAGGCCUGGAAUUUGCUUCCGCUUAUAUACUCUUCAAAGGUUUGAGGAACGUAUGCGACCCUCUCAGGUACCAGAAAUGCUUCGAAUGCCGCUUUCUGAUUUGUGUCUGCAGAUCAAAUAUCUUUCUUUAGGGAAUAUAAAGUCUUUCCUUUCAGAGGCAAUUGAACCGCCGGGUGAAGUGGCUAUCUCUUCAGCGAUUGAACUGUUAUAUAAGGUUGGAGCCUUUGAAGAAUGUGAGAAAUUGUCACCUCUUGGUUAUCAUUUGGCCAAACUUCCUGUUGAUGUCCGUAUUGGAAAGAUGAUGGUAUAUGGUGCGAUUUUUGGUUGUUUAUCACCAAUUCUUUCAAUUAUAGCCUUUUUGAGCCACAAAUCUCCAUUUCUCAAUCCCAAGGACGAGAAGCACAAUGUCAUGAGCGCUAAAUCAACUUUGCUGAUUGACGACCUUAAUGGUGGCACUACUGCUGAUCAAAGCAACAAGCAAUCAGAUCAUCUAUUAUUGGUUGUUGCCUACAACAGAUGGGCGAGGAUUCUACAUGAGAAAGGGCCAAGUGCUGCUUAUCGGUUUUGUCAUUCAUUCUUUUUGAACAGUUCAGUCAUGUAUACCAUAAGAGACAUGCGCAUACAAUUUGGCAGUUUGUUAGCUGAUAUUGGACUAAUCAAUCUCCCAAAAAAUUUCAAGGGUGCUGGUACAAGUAAAGGCACGCUUGAGAGUUGGUUUGCUGAUAUGAAACAACCAUUCAACAUGCAUGCAAUGCAUUCUGCAGUUAUCUUGUCUGUUUUGUGUGCAGGUCUAUAUCCUAAUGUGGCUGCGACUUUAGAGGGCACUGUUGGCGUACCUCUUGGUAGAAAUAAAGCACCAUCGAACAACAAUUCGACAAAUGAUUGCCCUAUUUUGUUUGAUGGGAGAAGCGAAGUCCAUGUUCAUCCAUCCUCAAUGAACUAUAACAUAAAUGGCUUACGUUAUCCAUUUCUUGUUUUCCUAGAAAAG